AUGGGUCUUCUCCCUAAGUCGAUCGCCCAAAAUCUUACCAUAUUAUCGUCAAUUCUGCUGCUGUUCUCUCUCUGCGAUGUCGCGAGGUGUAAGCCAAAUACCACCGUGAAAAUUGUGCAGUGCAACAUCGGGACGUACACAGAAGGCGACCCUUUUACGAUCAGCUUAGCCUAUGUUCUUGCUGAAUUGGAGAAUGUUACUCCGGCUCGCCAAGGUUAUGAUUUCCGCGACAUUUCUCCCUACCCAAAUGCAUUUGCCUAUGGCCACGCCGCUUGCAACCAGACUCUUACGAGUUCGGACUGCACCGCCUGCCUUUCAGCCGCCAGAAUCGCUGUUCUAAGCAGCUGCGACCACCGGAUUGGGGGCCGUUCCGUGCUCUAUGAUUGUACCAUAAGAUAUGAGCAGUACCCUUUUGACGAUUAA